UUUUUUUGGUUAAUGUUAUCGAUAAUUGUGUAUAUGAAUUGACAUCACCGUCAGUAACUUUAUUGUAAAUAAUGUCGUAUAUAAAAAGAUUUCUAGAAAAGUUAGCAACAAUACCGGUACUAAUGGGGACAGCAUAUAUGUUACAAACACUAGACAUUUAUAAUACACGGCAUUAUGGACAACAGCAACGCAACUGGAGUUGGUUUAGGAGUACAUAUAUGAUUACCACUGAUAAUAGUAGUAGUAGUAGUAGUGGUGGUGGUGAUGACAACAAUGAUAUCAAUCCGAUUUGGAUCCGAUUAAAAUGUUUUACUAAUAUUGCGUUAGUGAUCGGCUCGAAAAAAGAUGAACCAAAAAUUAGUUUUCGCAAUUUCGGUACCUGUAUCUGUGUUCACACUGAUGACCAACUGUUUUUGACCAACGCUCACGUAGUCAAGGGUCAGGAAGUCAUGUAUGUGCGUCUAAUGCCACACAAUGGCCUGUCAGCAAAACGUUUGGCACUGUUAUCUACCGUGGCUGCCGACGUACUGUACGUUGAAUAUCACAACGAUUUGGCACUUAUUAGACUCCAUUAUCAUCCGUACAACUAUGCUGUAUAUGAGGCCAUAAAGCUAUGUGAUCGGGAACCGCAGUUUGGCGAACAAGUAGCCGUCUAUGGACACGGAGGUACUCUCUAUACAGUAUAUCCGGGUAUGAUUCAAGAGAGUGGAUCGUUUGGCGUACCGUUUGACAGUAUUGAGAUCGAUCUAAUGCCCUAUACUAUUGAUAUGCCCAACAUUAUACACUCGGCCGUUAGUGUUGCCGGUUGUUCGGGUGGGCCACUGAUAGAUACCGAUGCCAACUGUAUCGGUAGUAUUUUUGGCUCCAAUUAUUUCAGAAGCUAUACGACACCAUCGAAAAGGAUGAUAUCAUUUCUAAAGCGAGGACGACAUUAUGCAGAACAUGAGGUCCUAACGAGAGUGACUGAUCGUCGAAACAUCUAUUCAAUGGGUACGUCCAGUGACCGGAGAUUAGGCUUAGUAUUGGAGAAAACUGGAAAUAGAUAUACUGUUAGAGAUCUUAUCAAUAAAGCUGAUACAGAUAUAUAUGUGGGGGAAGUCAUAACAGAAGUAAGAGGACAACCGUUUUUGGAUAUCCGACAGAUUCGAACAGCGCUGGCAGAGCUUAGCACUGAUAAUCCAGAAGUUAUACUAACUGUAAGCACUGCUACUGAAGUUACAGGUGUGGCCUUGAAUGCUAACCUUACGGGCGAUGAAUUACCAUUGGUUUUCUGAGAAAAAAAAAUAAACUAAACAAACAAAAUA